CCGCCGCGAUGCCUAUUUUAGUCAAAGCCGCUGCGGCCGUGGGGACCCGGCCCGGAGCUCAGAGCUUCCGGGCCCGCCGACCGGCCGAGGCUAGCGCGAUCGGGCUCACGUCGAGCAGCUGCCUCCGCGUCUCGCGCCUCGUCGCUGCCGCCCCAAACUUGGGCCAGCGCCGUCCAGGCUCCCUGCCCGGGACAAGCCAGGAAUUUUCAAGAUGAAUUAUACAGAGUCCAGCCCAUUGGCAGAAUCAACUGCCAUAGGUUUUACACCUGAGUUAGAAAGUAUCAUACCUGUGCCUUCCAAUGAGACCACUUGUGAAAACUGGAGAGAGAUACAUCAUCUAGUUUUUCACGUAGCAAAUAUUUGUUUUGCAAUUGGGUUGAUUAUUCCAACUACUCUUCACCUUCAUAUGAUAUUUCUUAGGGUGAUGUUUGCUAUAGGAUGUACCCUUUAUAUUGUCUGGGCCACUCUCUACCGAUGUGCCUUGGAUAUAAUGAUCUGGAACUCUGUGUUCUUGGGUGUCAACAUUUUGCAUCUUUCAUAUCUCUUAUACAAGAAAAGACCGGUAAAGAUUGAAAAGGAACUCAGUGGCAUCUACCGGCGAUUGUUUGAACCACUCCGAGUGCCUCCAGAUUUGUUCAGAAGGUUAACUGGACAGUUUUGCAUGAUCCAAACCUUGAAAAAGGGCCAGGCUUAUGCUGCAGAGGAUAAAACCUCGGUUGAUGACCGUCUGAGUAUUCUCCUGAAGGGAAAAAUGAAGGUCUCCUACCGAGGACAUUUUCUGCAUAACAUUUACCCCUGUGCCUUUAUAGAUUCUCCUGAAUUUAGAUCAACUCAGAUGCACAAAGGUGAAAAAUUCCAGGUCACCAUUAUUGCAGAUGAUAAUUGCAGAUUUUUAUGCUGGUCAAGAGAAAGAUUGACUUACUUUCUGGAAUCAGAACCUUUCCUAUAUGAAAUAUUUAGGUAUCUCAUUGGAAAAGACAUCACAAAUAAGCUCUACUCAUUGAAUGAUCCCACCUUAAAUGAUAAAAAGGCCAAAAAGUUGGAACGCCAGCUCAGCCUCUGCGCGCAGAUCUCCAUGCUGGAAAUGCGGAACAGUAUAGCCAGCUCCAGUGACAGUGAGGACGGCUUACACCAGUUCCUCCGGAGCACCUCCAGCAUGUCCUCUCUUCAUGUGUCUUCCCCACACCAGCGUUCCUCCCCCAAGAUGAAACCAAUAGAAGAAGGGGUGGAAGAUGACGAUGAUGUCUUUGAACCGAUGACUCCAAAUACGUUUAAAGUCCGUCAGUUUCCUUGACCAGAGAGAGAAUUCAAGUUACCAAGAUGGAAAUUGUCUUGAAGAGAUCCUGGAAAAUACCAGCGCUUUUUCAUGGCUUUUAGUUUAUUCUGCUUUAGCACAUCCAGACUGGUAGCAUCUGAGGGCAGGAAAGUGAGGAAGGGUCAAAGAUGGAAAGGUUAUUUAACUAUCUUUUUAAUUGGUAAGAUUUUAAAGUAAUUGUUCUACUGAGCCUUCUGACUAAACCUUGUUCUAUUUUGAGAUACGUAUUUUCACAGUAUUUUCUAGAUACAUUAUUGUUUUAACUUAAAAAGUCUUAGCACUGUGUCAAUGCAAAUGCCUUUUCACUUACUUUUCCAAGUUGUGGUUCUUUUUUCCUCACAGUUUUUUCUCCACCAUGGUAGUGAGGUUGUCCCUGUGAUACAAGUUUGAAAUUGAGGCUAAGGUAACAUUAAACAGUAGGGAAUCUCAGGCUUCUUAUUCAGUGAUUUUUUUUUUAAGAGGGAAAUUUUAGAGAAAGAUGUGAUUUGACUGGUUUUACUUUUCUACCAGGCCAGAAGUGUUACUUCACUAGGUCACCUUACUCAUUGGCGUGCUGUGCAGAUAGCUCCAUAAGGAACAAAACUCAUCAGGCUUUACUCACAUUAGCCUUAUGUUAUGCCGUUUAUAAACUGGUCUGCAACCUGAAGCUGGAAAGGUAACAAAUGGGAGCAUCUCUGAGCUCACCGUCAACCUUCAGCCAAACUCAACUUCCUCGUGGUGUGGAGCCAUCUUGUCUCACACACUUGGUGUGGGGGACACUUUAUUUAGGGUCGCGAGGACAGAGGAGUCAGAUGGCUGAACAGGAUGAGGUGACUGAAAGAUCAGCUUCAUUCUUUGGUCUGUAUUCUGAAGUUUCAGCUUGUUCCUCCAGAGCCAGCGAUGUCCCUUUUAGAAGUGUGCCGGAUCCCCCGUGCCGGGGUGUGAACGUGCACACAGCUGUGAAGCAGUUUGCCACAGGCCACGCCAUGGACGCCCAAUCUGGACACUGCUGUGAGGGCCUUGAUUCCAGGGCUCUCUUUUCUGCCAGAAUCACAUUUUGGGAAACAGAGAUAUUUAGCUGGUGGGAAAUGAGGACAGUUUUGCAUCACUCAUUCGUCUGGCAGGUCAGUGUGGCUGUGGCACUUGGCCCGGCCACUCAGUGGAAGGAGGCCCAUCGAUUGGCUGUGCUUGUCACGCCCCGUUCAUGUUUAUUUUGUUUCAUCCAGUAGAACCAACUGUAAGUCAGUCUCUUCCCUGUUACAUUAAAUAGCUAAGAAAAGUCCCAAAUGAAAUUAUCUUCAGGUGAACUGAGUUAAAAGUACCAUCUCUUGUCAUGAGGUGAUUUCUUAGGAAAGUCAUAGAAAUAAGCUCGUCUAGAGUCACCUCAUGUCCUAAAUCUAGUUUUUGGGAGCAUACUGUCUUAGUAAUUUCAUUUGAGUUCAAUUUACGUGCUGGGCAUCCAGCUCCUGACAUAUUUAUCCCACGUUGGCUCAUUAACACCACAGUGAAAAGGCUGAUUUCACAUUACUGCCAAAGUAGUCUCUUUAGUUAGCUAAAUUAGGAAUUUUGUUUUGGAGAAAUGAAGCAAAGGUGAAUGACAGCCUUGGCUUUAAGAUUGUGAAGCUCUCCUAGGUUGACCUCUCUCUCUCUUUCUGUACCUGAGAGCACAGGUGUGACUAUGAUGUCCUUUAACCAUUGGAGUAAGGUCGGGAGCCCAUUUAGUUCACACAUGCAUAAAACUAACUUACCAAAAUCACCCUGUACGGUCAUUAGACAGAACAUCCUUCUCUGGGUAGAAAGUAAUUUUAGAUUCUGUCGUGUCCGUGUUUUUAAGGUUCUGUGGAUCCAGGGAACCCUGGGGUUUUCUUACCCUGUCUCACUUUCAGGCUUGUCUCACUUUGCCAACCCCAGAUGGCAGAGAGGGUCAUCUCUGAUGAUCAACCUGGAUGUGUUUGGAGGUUAUUUUCUGUAGUGCCGGGAACAAACUCAUUUUCAAAGCACAUUGCUAAAAGUAGGUGAUAUAAAAUCACUUGCUGUUUUUAUUAAUAUUAAAGAGUGUGUGUGUGUGUGUGUGUGUUUGUGUAUCAGUGUCACUGAUAAUGAAGAUUGUAAUCUCAAGGUUAGGAAUCUUGAAAGAACCACUUCACCUGAAUGGGAAACAUGAAACUAUUUUUAAAUACACAACCUCUAAGGAAGACAAUGAGACUUAGAGAAAAGGAGCCGUAAGCCAUUGAGUAGCCCUCCCAUAUAGAAUUGAUUGCAAAGGAGCAGAUAAGAAAACAGAAAAGUGUUUUAAAGUGUAAGAUCUCCUAUGGAGUACUUUAAAUUCAUUUAUACAAAUGAACAAGUGUAUCUUUGUAUAAAUGCAUCAAUACAUAGAUAAAAACAUGUUUGCUGCCAAAGUCCCCAAUAAGAUGCUUCCUGUGAUUUGUGGUAUUCACUUAGCUUGUGUGAUCAAGGUUCAGAAAAUGGUCUGAAAAAAUUAUUCUACAUAUAACCCCAAAUCUGUGUUUAAAUGUAACAUCAACUCAGUUGUAUGAAUCUGGAGUGUACAUAUUUAUGCUAGAAUGUAUAUGUCAUUUAUAGUAUUUUGAAGGCCCUCAGAAAUAUUUAUAUUUAUAAAAGUAAUAGCACAGAUACUACAUAAAUCUUCAAUAAUGUUUAUAUAUUUUAAAUUAGUAAUAAUUGGUGCUAUAUAUUUUCAGUUACUAUCCUUGGCUUUCUGGAAUGUUUUCUGUUUUUUCAUAUCACUCAGUUUCACCUUAAUCAUUGGACACAUUUGUGCUUUGCUGCUAAUAGUGUGUGUGAGGUGACAUCACUUUCUUUGUAGCUGGUUCUCCUACACAUCUGAAGCUUUUCUGAUUUUAUGACUUUUGAAGCUGCUAAUUCCUGCCUCCCAGAUCCCAUCGUGGCCCCAAAGACAGAGUCACUUGGAUGCCGGAAGCAAUCUUUGGGGAAAGCUGGUGUAACCUCCACACUGCCCCGUCCCCAGUACACCAGGUAAUGACUUGGCCCUGCAGCGAAGAUUUCCUGCUAAUUUGUGUGCUAGCUCUCAACCAAGCCCGUGGCAUGCAGGUCAGUCCCUAGCAGUGGGGCUUGGUGCCCACCUCCCUGUUGUCCCCAGGGUGCAGCCCCAAGGAUCCACUGUUUGGGGUUUUCUUAAAGUCCAUUUCCUUGGUCAUUUCUGAAGCUGCUCUUCAGAAACCUGUGACCCUGCCACGCCAUUUCCUCUCCCUUCCUUCUUUUUAACCCUGGUUUCCCAACCUCCUUUUCUAGUUAUUCUCAACUAGAGUGAUUAGAAAUUCCCACCUACUCAAUUCAAGGUCCCAAAGAUUGGAAACAGUAGGAUGCUGUGCAGGGAACUUGAGGUUGAGGCACAAUCACUAUUUUGGUUCUGCUUGUUGUGGGACGACUCUCUCUUACCAGUGGCAGCCAUGUUUUGAUUAUCGCAGAAACCCCCAAAAUACCUGUGUAUAAUGACAUACUGUAGGCAUCAUAAAUUUAAGAAACCUGCUUUUAAGUAUUAUUCAUAGGUUAUGCUGUUACACUUGCAACCUAGUUUCAAGAUACACGAGGAUUUUAUGAAUGCUUUAUAUAGAUGCAUUAUUUAUAGGAAGCUCAUUCUUUCUGUUUUUAGGUGCCAUUUACAUUGAUAACAUUUACUUUAUAAUAAAGGUACAUUUUAUCUUAAUAGAGCCUUAUGGUUUAAAAUAUCUUCAUAUAUUGCCAUUUGAUCAAAUAAAUUUCUUACUUGGAAAA